AUGAACACGCGGAUGAUCAACUGUGAACUUCUUUACGGUUAUGAGUACCUCGGCAACACGCCCAGGCUUGUCAUCACCCCACUCACUGAUCGCUGCUACAGAACUCUGUUUGGUGCUCUACAUUUAAACCUGGGCGGAGCUCCAGAAGGUCCAGCGGGCACUGGCAAAACGGAAACAACGAAAGAUUUGGCGAAGGCAGUUGCCAAGCAGUGUGUCGUCUUCAACUGUUCAGAUGGGUUGGAUUAUUUGGCCUUAGGAAAGUUCUUCAAGGGACUCGCCUCGUGUGGAGCGUGGUCGUGUUUCGACGAGUUCAACAGGAUCGAUCUUGAAGUGCUGUCUGUAGUCGCCCAGCAGAUCCUCACCAUUCAACAGGGUAUCAAAUCAGGGGUGGCGACCAUGAUAUUUGAGGGCACCCACAUACAACUGGACAGAACAUGCUCAGUCUUCAUCACCAUGAAUCCUGGAUAUGCUGGCAGAUCGGAACUUCCCGAUAAUCUCAAGGCACUCUUCAGACCGGUGGCCAUGAUGGUGCCAGAUUACGCCAUGAUAUCUGAAAUCAGCCUGUACUCGUGCGGCUUCAUCGAGGCCAGACCACUGGCGGUCAAGGUCGUUGCCACUUAUCGUUUGUGCUCUGAGCAGCUCUCCUACCAAAAUCACUACGACUAUGGUAUGAGGGCCGUCAAGUCUGUUCUCACUGCCGCUUCUAAUCUGAAGCUCCGCCGUCCCCUGGAGAACGAGGAUGUGUUGAUGUUGCAGUCGAUCGUUGAUGUGAACCUGCCGAAGUUCCUCUCCCACGACCUCCCCCUCUUCAAGAGCAUCACCAAGGACCUCUUCCCUGAAAUUGAACUGCCCAAACCUGACUACGACUCGUUCAACGCCAUCGUUGCUGAUGUCUGCAAGAGGAGGAACCUCCAAUGCACGCAGUACUUCCUUGAGAAGAUACAACAGGUUAUCUACGAGAUGAUGAUCGUUCGUCACGGCUUCAUGAUUGUUGGCGAAUCAUUCUCAGGCAAGACGAGUGCGUACAAGGUGCUGGCUGAGACCCUCUGCAUUGCCAACAGAGAUUCUAUUCUGGAAGAAUAUUGUGCCGAGUACAAGGUGCUCAACCCGAAGUCGAUAACGAUUGGUCAGUUGUACGGCAACUUCGACCCUGUAUCGCACGAGUGGUAUGACGGGGUGCUGGCCACUUCCUUCCGGGCUCAGGCUUCUACCGAGUCAGAAAGGAGGCAGUGGCUCAUAUUCGACGGCCCAGUGGACGCCGUGUGGAUCGAGAGCAUGAACACCGUCCUCGACGACAACAAGAAGCUGUGUCUGAUGAGUGGCGAGAUCAUCCAGAUGUCUCCCCGCAUGAACCUCAUCUUCGAAACGCUCGAUCUCGCCGUCGCCUCUCCUGCUACUGUAUCGAGAUGUGGAAUGAUCUACAUGUCUCCGAAGUUGUUGGGUUGGCGUGUGCUGUUUGAUAGCUGGCUCUUGACUCUACCUCAGUCAUUCAACGAGCCCCUCGUCCAACUAGUUGUCUAUCUCUUCGAUACCUACAUUGAUGUUGUCCUCACCUAUUCCAAAUUCUAUCUCAAGGAGUUGUACCCGACUUACGAAUCGAACCUGGUAACGAGCAUGUUGAGGCUGAUCGACUGCCUCAUUGACGAUUACCACGACGCCAAUCAAAUCAGGUGGAUCAAGACUCAUGAAAAGCUUCAGAAUCUCGAGUUCAUAUUCUUCUUCUGCCUGGUGUGGUCCGUCGGAGCUACCUGCGUAACCGACAGCCAGCCCAUGUUUGAUCGCUUUCUCAGGACCAUCAUGAAGGUCAUGAUGAUGAUGAUGAUGACUUCCAGUGGACACAUCAUCUCAGUGGCGGCAAAAAAUGUGGGGGUGAGGUACACUGUCUUCGACUACUGCCUGGUGAAGGAUAAGCUGUACAGCUGGGAGCUCUGGAUGGACAAGACCGCUGAGAUGCCCGAGUACCCUAAGGACUGCCCCUACAAUGAGAUCAUCGUGCCCACUGUUGAUACUAUCAGGUGCCAGAUGAUACUUGAUUUGUUGAUAACGCACCAUCAUCCACUCAUCUUCAUUGGCCCAUCUGGCGCGGGAAAAAGUGCGCUGACCACUAGCUACCUACUGAGCCAAAUGAACAAGGAAUCUUUCGUGGCCAACGCCUUCUCAUUCUCGUCGCAGACUUCUUCAAUGGAGGUUCAGUCACUCUUCAUGUCCAAACUGGAGAAGAAGGGUAGGGGCAACUAUGGGGCGGCUAAGGGGAAAAAAUUGGUCUUCUUCAUCGACGACAUGCACAUGCCUCUGGUGGAACAGUUUGGUGCACAGCCUCCCAUUGAACUGCUCAGACAGUUGAUCGAUCAGAAGAUCUGGUACGAUGCCUCGGACACGUCAACCAUCUUCAUACAUGACGUCAUCAUGAUCGGAUGCAUGACUCACUCAGGCUACAUGAACUCUGUGACACCGCGGUUCAUGCGUCACUUCAACUUGGUUACAGCCAAUCAGUACGAGUCUCACAAUUUGAAGAGGAUCUUCAAGGUCAUCAUGAACUGGCAUCUCACCAUCAGGAACUUUGGAGAGCAGUUCGAAGAAAUGAGCACACAGCUGAUCAAUGCGACAUUGAACAUCUACUACCAGGCCAUGACCAACCUCCUCUCCACCCCCUCCAAGUCUCACUAUCUCUUUAAUUUAAGAGACGCCAGUAGGGUCAUCCAGGGUUUAACUCUCGGUCAACCUGCUGCUUUACCCUACUUGAAAGAUUUUGUUAAGUUGUGGGUACACGAGGUACUUCGUGUGUUUGGUGACCGUCUGAUAGAUCUGGCAGACCACGAGUGGCUGGUGCAAGCCAUUAAGCAGCAAGUUGAUACAACUCUGGCAUCCAACUUUCAGACUAUUUUUGCUAACUUAACUGACGACAGUUCAAAUGUUAUUGGAUCACAUCAACUCUCAAAAUUAAUUUUUUGCGAUUUCGGUACUCAUCAAAAAUUGUACAGGGAAGCUGUUAAUGUUGGUUGGCUGAUGGCCAACGUAGAAAGCAGUCUUGAAGAUUACAACGGUUUCAGUAAGAAGCCCAUAAAUCUUGUUGUGUUCAAGUUCGUGAUAGAACACGUAGCCCGCCUGACCCGAGUGUUGGUGCAACCUGGUGGUCAUGUCCUUCUCGUCGGGCUGGGUGGCUCCGGCAAACAUUCCCUCACAAGAUUAGCCACUCACAUGAUGGAUUUUGACAUUUACGAAAUUGAGAUGACGAGAGGUUACAGUUCAGUGGAGUGGCACGAAGACCUCAAGUCCAUGUUCCGAAAGACCGGGCUGAACGACAUGCCUGGAGUCUUCCUCUUCUCAGAUUCCCAGUUGAAGCAGGAAGUCUUCCUGGAGGAGAUCUGCAACAUCCUUAACAGUGGAGAGGUGCCCAAUCUGUUUGCAUCCGAUGAAAAGGCGGAAAUAUGCGAGAAGAUGAGGAAGAUUGACAGAAUGCAGGAUCGUUCGAAGCAGACGGACGGCUCGUUCCUGGCCCUCUUCAACAUGUUCACCCGCAAAUGCAGAAACUUGUUGCACGUCGUCAUGACCAUGAGUCCUGUUGGCGCGGUUUUCAGAGACAGGCUGAGGAAGUUCCCUGCCCUGGUCAACUGUUGCACCAUUGACUGGUACCACGAAUGGCCAAACGACGCUUUGCAAGCAGUGGCCACAAAGUUUUUGACCAAGUUGGAACUACCGCGGACUCUGAUCGAAGGAUGCACUCACACCUGCCAGACCUUCCAGAUCACGAGCAAGAUGCUAGCUACGAAAUUUUUCGAAGAACGGGGAAGGAUCACUUACAUCACACCCAUGUCCUAUUUGGAGCUGAUUAGUACGUUCAAAAGUAUAUUCUCCAUGAAGAGCCAAAAGGUCACAUUACUCAAGAAUCAAUACGAAGUCGGUCUCGAAAAGUUGGAGUUUGCCAAAUCUCAGGUGGCGAUAAUGCAGACGGAGCUGACGGACCUGCAGCCGAUGUUGGUGGCCGCCAGCAGGCAGGUGGACGAGGUCAUGGUCGACAUUGAGCACGAUUCAAGGGAGGUCCUAGUCGUCGAGAAGAAUGUGAAAGCGGAUGAGGCCGUAGCAAAUGCUCAGGCCGAAGAAGCUGCCAAUAUAAAGUCAGAAUGUGAUGCCGAUCUGGCCGAUGCAAUGGUCAUAAUGAAUGCGGCCAAUGCCGCUCUCAAUACGUUGACCAUGAAUGACAUAACGAUCGUGAAAGCCAUGAAGAACCCGCCCGCCGGCGUCAAGCUGGUCAUGGAGGCCGUCUGCGUCCUCAAGGGCAUCAAGCCUGAAAAGAGCAUUGACAGGGACGGCAAGAAGUUUGAUGACUUUUGGAAGGCUUCUUUAAAGUUGCUGGCGGAAACAAAGUUCUUGGAGUCUUUGAUCAAUUUUGAUAAGGACAACAUCCCUGUUGCAAUAAUGAAACAAAUUCGAUCGAAGUAUUCAAGCAAUCCGGAUUUCGAUCCUGAGAAGAUCAAGGUGGUGUCCAGCGCUUGCGAGGGUCUCUGCAGGUGGCUCCUGGCUAUCGAUAAAUACGACGCAGUGGCGAAGAUUGUGGCGCCAAAAAAAGUUGCGAUGGCAGAUGCCCAGGAUAAAUAUGAGAUGGCCAUGAAAGAACUGGCCAAGAAGCAGAAGCAGCUGAUGGAGGUAAGGAAGAAAUUGAACAAACUCAAAGUGAAACUGGAAGCCAAUGAGAAGCAGAAAUUGGAUCUCGAGGCACAAGUGGACUUGUGCAGUUUGAAGUUGGAUCGAGCGGAGAAGUUGAUAGGAGGCUUGGGUACGGAGCAGGAGAGAUGGCAGGUGAUGGUUCAGCAGCUGUCUUCCAUGUUCACCACACUGGCUGGUGAUGCCCUUCUAUCAUCUGGAGUCAUCGCUUACUUGGGACCGUUCACCAUUGCAUUCAGAAAUCAGGUGAGGAUUGGGUUGAAAGCUGCCCACACCAACAACAUUCCAUCUCGGGCUGAUUAUUCAUUAAGUGCCACUCUGGGAGAUCCAGUACUCAUCAGGAACUGGAACAUCUGUGGACUGCCCACUGAUGAGUUCUCCGUUGAUAAUGGCAUCAUCAUGAGCACGGCUCGCAGGUGGCCCCUCAUGAUCGAUCCCCAAGGACAGGCCAACACAUUCGUCAGAAACCUCGAACAUCCAAAUAGCUUGAUAGUCGUUAAAUUAUCUGACGGUGAUUUCUUUCACAAAGUAGAGAACGCCAUCAGGUUUGGCUUUCCAUUGCUUCUGGAGAACAUCGCCGAAGAGGUCGAUCCAGUCCUCGACUCCAUACUCCUCAGACAGACUUUUAACCAAGGCGGGGUAACGUGCAUAAAGUUGGGUGACGCCCUGGUAGAGUACAACAACGCCUUCAAGUUCUACAUGACGACCAAACUGAGGAACCCCCAAAACCUGCCUGAACUCUCCGUCAACGUCACCCUGGUCAACUUCAUGAUCACCGAAGAAGGACUGGACGAUCAGUUGCUGGGGAUUGUGGUGGCGAAAGAAAAGCCGGAUUUGGAGUUAAGCAGGAACGCUCUGAUAGUUCAGAGUGCAGAGAACAACAAACAGCUGAAGCUAAUCGAAAGCAGGAUCCUGGAAGUUCUUUCUGGAUCUCAGGGGAACAUACUGGAGGAUGAGUCCGCUGUAAAGAUACUCAGCUCAUCUAAGAUACUGGCCAGGGAGAUAUCUACCAAGCAGAAAGCUGCAGAGGAGACCCAGGCAGACAUCAACGCAGCGAGGAUGGUGUACGCCUCACUGGCGAAAUACUGCAGGGUCCUCUUCUUCACGGUUGCCGAGUUGGCUAACCUCGAUCCCAUGUACCAGAACUCUUUGCUCUGGUUCAUCAACCUCUUCACACUCUCCAUCGAGAAGGCUCCGAAGGGAAAUGACCUUGAUGAUCGAUUGACCUCUCUCAGAUCCCACUUCACUUACUCGUUGUACUGCAAUACUUGCAAGAGUCUUUUUGAGAAGGAUAAGUUACUCUUCAGUUUCAUCCUCAUCAUCAACAUCCUCAACAAAAUAAACGGAAAUAUCAACCAAUCGGAGUGGAUUUUCCUGCUCACCGGGGGCGUGGGAAUUUCCAACAAACUGGAAAAUCCGUUUGCAUGGUUACCAAGUCAAUCCUGGGAUGAGCUGUGCCGCUUGGAUGAGCUCGCCAAUUUUAAAGGAAUCGUGCAGGAUUUUGUGGCGAAAGAAGAUGAUUGGUUGGCUAUUUAUGACGCACAGGAGCCACACGGGAAGGCACUACCCCCACCCUGGAAUGACCUGACCUCGCUGCAGAAGAUUCUGAUCGUGCGCGUACUCCGACCAGACAAGGUGGUGCCCGCCAUCGCUAACUUCAUCGUGGAAAAUAUGGGGCAGAAGUUCGUUGAACCUCCUCCAUUCGAUCUCGAAAGUUCCUUUGCCGACAGUAACUCCCUAUCUCCAUUGAUCUUCAUCCUCAGUGCUGGCUCCGAUCCAACAGCCGCUCUCCUCAAGUUCGCCCAGAAAAACGAUUACUUAUCAGGCAAGUUUCACUCCUUAUCACUGGGUCAAGGUCAGGGACCAAUUGCUCAAAAGAUGUUAGACGAGGCAGUCGUGAAUGGGAUGUGGGUUCUACUGCAGAACUGCCAUCUUGCUCCCUCCUGGAUGCCCACUCUCGAAAAGAUUUGUCUGGAGUUAAAACCUGAAGCCGUUCAUCCUAGUUUCCGUCUCUGGCUGACCAGUUAUCCGUCGAGUUUCUUCCCGGUUUCCAUCCUUCAAAAUGGGGUCAAGAUGACCAAUGAACCGCCCAAGGGAUUGAGGUUCAAUUUAAUUAGGUCCUACAUGACAGAUCCUAUAUCUGAUAUGGAGUUUUUUUAUUCUGUGAAGAAACAAGCCGAGUGGAAGGCCAUGCUGUUCAGUUUGUGCUUCUUCCACGCUCUCGUCCAGGAGAGAAUCAAAUUCGGAGCCAUUGGCUGGAACAUUCCGUACGGCUUCAACGAGACAGACCUCCGGAUAUCAGUUCAGCAACUUGCUGAGUUCCUUGAUAAAUAUGAUACUGUGCAAUUUGAAGCGCUGAGAUACUUGACUGGCGAGUGUAACUACGGCGGGAGGGUGACAGACGACUGGGACCGCAGGACACUGAGGACCCUGGUCAAUAAGUUUUACACGCCCGCUCUACUCCCCCCCAGCCACCCAACAGAAAAUGAUACGGUUUUCUAUUUUGAUGACUCCAUGAUCUACUAUAUUCCACCGCCAGGAGAGUACCAUGACUACUUGGAGUACAUAAAACAACUGCCCUACAACACUCAGCCGAGCGUGUUCGGCAUGCAUUCGAAUGUGAACAUAACGAAGGAACAAAUGGAAACAAAACACUUACUUUCUGGUAUCGUCACUGCGCAAAUGAGCUCAAUGGUUGAGAAGAGCAAGUCUUCGGACUCCACAGUCGACGAAGUUGCUCUGGACAUCCUCAACAGGCUGCCACCUGCCAAUUUUGACAUUCAAGAAGCUAGGCUGAGGUAUCCAACAGCCUACAGCCAGAGCAUGAACUCGGUGCUUGUGCAAGAAUUGGGUCGGUUCAACAAUCUCAUGUCAAUAAUUAGGUCAUCCUUGAAGAAUAUCAGGGAGUCUAUUAAGGUUUUUUUUCAUUUAAAUUUGAUAAAUCAUUUUAGAAAGAAAAAAUGGGUAAUGAGAAAAACGAUGUAA